AUGAUUCCUGGUGUAAUAAAGUCGGACAUGGUACCGGAUGAGUACAAGAAAUAUGCGAUUGAUCAUCGUUUGCUUCCGGGAGGACUUACGCUGUUUCUUUGCACUGAGAGGGCGGAGUGGCUGAGAGGCAAUGUGGUCAGUGUGAAUUGGGAUUUUGAUGAAAUGGAGGCGCAUAGAGAGGAGAUUUUGGGGAAGAGGUUGCUCAAGUUGAAGUUCACUGGGGCGCAGUUUGGUAAGGAUGGACAUCCUUGGGAAGCGGACAGUUCGGCACAGGGGUAA